GAAUUUUUCUUCUUUAUUUCAAUCCAUCUUUAAACCCUAACUCAAUUAUUAUUACAAUCAUUUUCAAUUCUAUCAAUAUCUAUACAUACAUAUCGUUACACCACUGCAAGUGUGAAAUGAUGAUGACAAUGACGAGAUAUUAAUUUUUUAUAAAAUUAAAUUAAAUGGAGUUACAAAGCCAGGUAGCACAGGCGGUACACGUGCUGAAUCACGAUACACAAUCAUGUAAUCGUGUAUCAGCAAAUCAAUGGCUGGUUCAGUUUCAGCAAACAGAUGCUGCUUGGGAAAUUGCUACUUCUAUUUUGACUUGUCAUCAGUCUUCCGGUUUCGAAGUCGAGUUUUUCGCUGCUCAGCUUCUUAAACGAAAGAUCCAAAAUGAAGGACAUUGUCUGCAGCUAGAAGCUAAGGAAUCACUCGUUAAUGCUCUUCUUCUGGCUGCUAAAAGAUUUAGUUUAGGCCCGUCCCAGCUUUUAACACAAAUUUGUCUGGCUUUAUCUACACUGAUACUUCAUGCUGUGGAGUACUACAAGCCAAUUGAGAAGCUCUUUUACAGUCUUCAGAAUAUUCAAGGUCAGGAUGAUGGCAAUAUGGUUGUUUUGGAAAUGCUCACAGUAUUACCAGAAGUUGUUGAAGAUGAAUCUGCUAAUUAUAGAACCAAAUCAGGUCAAAGAGUUGACUAUGGUCCAGAGUUACUCUCGCAUACAUCAGCAGUGCUUGAAUUCUUAAAGCAGCAAUCCGAGGAAAGGUUUGAUGAUGUCGUCCAACUACAUGAAAGGAGCAGAAAGAUACUGCGUUGUUUGUUAAGUUGGGUCCGAGCAGGAUGCUUCUCAGAAAUUUUACCAAUAUCAUUAUUAGCCCAUCCCCUUCUUAAUUUUGUUUUCAGUUCUUUGCAGGUUCCAUCCUCAUUUGAUUUAGCUACUGAGGUUUUGAUUGAGCUCGUUGGUCGGCAUGAGGGAUUGCCACAAGUUCUUAUAUGCAAAGUAGGAUUUAUUAAAGAUGUUCUUCGUCAAGCAUUUAAUGGCAGAGAUGAGAAAGUAAUCAGUGGUCUUGCUUGCUUGAUGUCGGAGAUUGGUCAGGCUGCCCCGAGUUUGAUCAUAGAAGCCCACUCUGAAGCACUAACACUGGUGGAUGCACUUUUGAGUUGUGUAUCAUUUCCAAGUCAAGAUUGGGAUAUUGCAGACUCAACCUUACAGUUCUGGUGUUGUCUUGCAAGUAACAUUGUUCGAAUGGAUUUCGAUAAUAGUGAACAUGUUAAAGAUGUUUUUUCCCCAGUGUUUUCGGCAUUGCUUGAUGCUCUUUUAAUGCGUUCUCAGGUGGAUGAUGCAACAUAUACAACUGAGACUGUAACAAGAGACUUACCAGACGGGUUGGCUCAAUUUAGAUUAAAUCUAGUGGAGCUGUUGGUGGAUAUUUGCCACCUUUUAAGGUCUUCUGCAUAUCUGCAGAAGAUUUUUUCUAAUGGUUGGAUAUCUUCAAACUCAAGCAUGCAAAUUCCUUGGAAGGAGGUGGAAACCAGAAUGUUUGCUCUUAAUGCGGUUGCUGAUGUAGUACUGCAUGAGGGCCAAACAUUUGAUCUCUUCAUGGUGUUGCACCUGGUGACAGUUUUAUGUGAUAGGGAAUCGUAUGAACCAAAAGGCUUUAUGUGUAUUGUACAUCGAUCACUUGCAGAUGUUAUUGGUUCUUAUUCGAAGUGGAUUUCUUCAUAUAUAACUGAUGUCAGACCAUUGCUUUUAUUUUUUUCGGCUGGUUUGUCAGAACCAUUGUGUACACAUGCGUGUGCAACUGCCUUCAGAAAGUUCUGUGAAGAUGCUACUGCAGUCAUGCACAAACCUGCAAGUUUAGAAAUGUUAAUGUGGAUUACAGAGGGAUUGGAGAAGAGGCACCUACCUCUAGAAGAUGAGGAAGAUGUUAUUGGUGCUGUUACUCUGAUACUUGGAUCCCUUCCUAACUUGGAGUUAAGAAACAGUUUGUUGCUUAAGUUGCUUUCUUCUAGCUUUGGAUCCAUUCGCAAACUUAUUGACAGGGAUCAUGUUCAUUCUUUGAGGCAACUACCAGCUGCUUACACUCAUCUUGUCAGUUCUUCAGUGAGGGGCUUUUUCAGGAUAGAAACUGUUUUCAGUCAUCUUGUAGUUACACCUUCUACAUGUCAUGAUAUAGACAAUUCUGUAAUUGUCAUUCUUGAAAGUUUUUGGCCUCUCCUUGAGAAAAUUUUGCAGUCAGAGCAUAUUGAGAAUGCAGGUUUAUCCAUGGCAGCUUGCAGGGCACUCUCACAGGCAAUCAAGUCUGCAGGUCAUCACUUUGUGACAUUGUUGCCCAAAGUUUUAGAUUAUCUAUCAACAAAUUUUGCGUCAUUUCAAACUCAUGAGUGCUACAUUAAAACAGCUUCCGUUGUUGUAGAAGAAUUUGGUAACAAGGGGGAAUAUGGACCUUUAUUCAUCAGUACAUUUGAAAGAUUUACAAAUGCAUCAUCAGUAAUGGCUCUAAAUUCUUCUUAUGUAUGUGAUCAAGAGCCCGAUCUUGUGGAGGCUUAUUGUAGUUUCACAUCAAUCUUUCUUCACAGCUCUUCAAAGGAAGUAGUGGCUUCUUCUGGCCCUCUUUUAGAAGUUUCACUUCAGAAAGCCGCUAUAUGUUGUACAGCUAUGCAUCGUGGAGCAGCACUCGCAGCAAUGUCGUAUAUGUCGUGUUUCCUAGAGCUUUGCGUGACUUCAUUGCUGGAAUCAAUGACAUGUAACUCUGAAUCCCCAGUUACAUCCAUGACUGUUCAUGUAAUAUCUCACAGUGGCGAGGGACUUGUCUCAAAUGUGGUUUAUGCUUUACUUGGUGUUUCAGCAAUGUCAAGGGUUCAUAAAUGUGCAACUAUCUUGCAACAAUUAGCGGCUGUAUGCAGUUUUGCCGAGAAAACAAUGUGGAAAUCUAUUCUCUGUUGGGAUUCCUUACAUGGAUGGCUGCAUGCUGCGGUGCGGAGUCUUCCCAGUGAGUACCUACGGCAGGGGGAAGCAGAGUCCUUAGUACCGGUAUGGCUAAAGGCCCUUAGUGAUGCAGCUGAUGAUUAUGUUGAAAGUAGAACCAGUGAUGGAGAUAGGAAUCAUAAACACAUGCGGGGAAAGGGUGGCAGGAUACUCAAGUAUUUAUUUCGGGAAUUUGUUGACAGUCAUCGUAACAUUACAACGUAAUAGCUGCUGCAACUUAUUAGCAAUUCAUUCUUAGACCUAAUUGUUGUAUCAAAGGGUUUUCCCUACAAGAUCACAAGUUUCCAGUCAAAUAAUAUGCGUUUUUGGCUCUCUGUAGCAUCCACAUGUUGUAUUUUGAUUCAACUUUCUGACUUGGGGGGUCCGUCUUUUUUGCUUAUUCUUUGGAGGAGAUACGGGCCUUGGAAGUUGGAGCCUAAGUAAUACAAAAAUGUACACGCCAAUCUGUGUUUUGUUAAGUGGAAAUAAUGUGGAAUGAAGUGAUAGGAUGAGCAAUUUAUAUAGUUUUUUGUUUUUUUGGAUAGAAACUUAUAUAGUAAUUCAAGUCUUUUUUGGGUAUAA